AUGGAAUCACUUAAACCAAACGCGAUUCGAACACACUUCGCCGCCAUUUCCAAAACCAUUCGCAUUUUUGAACUCUGCGUCCUCCUUCUCCUUCUUUCCUGGUCUCUCACGCGCCUCCCUCUCGCCCUUUCCAUCUCCGCUGACUUCCUCCGUAAACUCGCUGCUAACCCUCUCUUCAUCUUCGCCGUCUCUAAUGCCAUCAUCGCCGCUCUCCUCGCACAAUCCGGCCGUUUCUCUGGCGGAAACACCGACGAGCAUGCUGGUGCCGGUAAACUCUACCGUGAGUUUAUGAAUAGCCGUAUCGCGGCUUCAGAUCGCGACCUACAGCCUCCGUCCGCAGCCGUUGAGUCUCUCUUGGUUGCGGCUGUUGCGACAGAGAUGAAGUGCCAGGACAAGGAGGUAAUCUCUGAAACCGUUCCGGCUCCGGUUGUUCUAGAUCGAGAAGGUGAAGCAGGUUCCGAGUUCACGAAUUUCCGUCGGAGUCAGUCGGAGAAAUGGAAAGGUGAGGCUGGAAAGAUGCAACGUCGGAAACAACUCCGGCGAUCGGAAACAGAGAAGCUUCGCGAAACUGCGAAAGAAAAUUUAUAUCCGCAGGAUAAGUUAAGCAACGAAGAGUUUCAACGCGCCAUUGACGCGUUCAUCGCAAAGCAAAUGAGGUUUCUGCGAGAAGAUUCUUCCGCCAUUGUUGUUCGCAAAACUUCGUAG